AUGGCUAAUGACAUUGCAUCAGCGGGAACGGUGGAAGAACAGGCUAUAAGGUGCCCAAGACCUUCAGCAAAGAGGCAAAGGAAGAGAUCUCCUGACGCCCGAGAAGAAUCAGAUAAGGAAUGUGUAGACGAUAGUCUUCUGCAAGAUGCUCGUAGAAUCAAAGAAAACAUCAGGGUCUACAUGUACGCAACAGACAGUUAUUAGUUAUUACAAAAAUUCGAUAAUUAUUAGAUAUGAUGGAGACAAUACAUGAUAAAAACCACGAAAAAACCUUUUUAGUACAACGCGUGGUUAGGGCAAAUUAGCAUCCUCUGAAAUCUAUUAUAUCUUAGUAAAUGCGUAAGUGGAAAAAGCAGUAGCUAUGGUUAUCAAGGGAAUCAAGACGGAAAGUAAAACCAUACAAAGACCACUUUCAGAACCUCAGACACCUCGGGAGCUUCCAUGCGUAAGAGAACAACUGCAAUUGUUCGAUGCCUUAAUUGAGACCACGGAGAAUGAAACUUUCCAGUAAGUAAAGAAAAAGCAAACAAGGAAAAAGGCUCUUCCACAAGUGGCCAAAGAGGUUGAGGCCUCUAAACCUAUAGCAGAGGAAAGUUUGACCAAGAAAAUGUCUACAAAUAAGGCUACGAUGGCCGAUAUUGUCAAAAGGCCAUUAAAACCGAUGUAUAAUGCAAGACCAACUUAUGUAACCAUCGCUUCUUAAGGAAAAAGUGCAGUUGACAUCAUCAACAACCUGCCUUCUCCAACUGAACUAGGAGUCAAGGCGAGUGAUGUUCGAGCGACCAAAGCUGGCUCAGUUUUAGUUUGUGUAGAUGACGAUGCCCAUGCGAAAAAAAUAAUUGAGUGGAAAAAAACUAAAAGAAGUUGGAAUAGAGGCAAAACUAGCAUUAAAAAGAUAACCAAAAGUGGAGGUAGAGGGAGUUCUCCUUUCGUGGACUGCGGAAAAUCUAGAAAGAGUACUUUGGAAAAGUUGGAUGCAAAAUUAUAUUUCUGAGAACAAAGUAGGUAAUAUAAAUCCAUUUUUCUCAUCAAUGGUGAGAAAUAAAAUUAUCAAUAAUUGGGUGUUAGAAGUACAUCCAAUAGUGAGGUAUAAUCAACUCAAGGAGGAGAUAAUUACAGGAGGUUGAUGGUCACUGACAAUUUUAGAUUACCCCGCUGCUCCUCCCUGUCUAAGGUGUCAGGCAUAUAGAGGUUGAGAAUACUUUCUUUAUUGAAUAUUAAUACAUUCUGACACAUUAAAGGGCAUUAAUAUUAAGGAUACAUGAUUCAUUCACACAAUAUGUACAGAAUAAACAAUAAAUAAAAAAUAAAAUUUAAAUACAAAUAUACAAAAUAAAGAUACAAAACUUAAAAAAAAAAAAUACAAAAUAAAUACAAUUAAUAUUUCAUUAAUAAAGAAAAAGAAAUAUAAAAAAAUAAAAUAAGUUGAUAUGCCUGUGCUAAAAAAAAAAAAAUGAAAUAAAAGCUAAAUGAAAUUAAAGUAAAUAAAUCACAUUCACACCUAUGUACAAUAUUUACAUUCACCCAGGAGACACUGAGUCAUGCCUUAUACCCCGAUGUGGAAGCCAAGGCAGGACUCCAGGGGAUCCCAGUGCUUCUCUUUCUGCCGCAUCACUGUUAUUUGAAACCAGUGGAAACUGAUGGAGGGCACUACAGCAACAGACGCUAAUGUCUUGAGUGGAGAAUCUGGCCAUUGCCAGAACUCAAAUAUACAAACAUUUACAGAAGGUCGCGGGGCCACUGCCGUUUUAACCUCCGGGGAGGAUUGUAAGGAUGGCUGGAGCUAGAUAGGGAUAGUGCUACAGGAUUUGGAUGAUGAGUGAGGUUCUGGUGAAAUUUAGAAAAUUUGUCUGGGAUAAGGUCAAGAACAAAUAGGAUAUGAAGGUCAGUAUGGAGUUUUGUUGGAUACAUAGAAGGGAGC